AUGGCGGACACACCAAACCUCGAAUUGUUGAAGUCGAAGGAGCAGGUUCAAGCAUACCUAGACUCAAUUACCGAUCCUUCUUUCCCAGAAGCCUUUCGAUCUCCAUUAUCAAGUUUCAAUAUUACAAACGGGAUCGGGAAUGCAGUUCACCGUCUCGUUCUCAACACUUCAAUAUCAAACAAUCCAACUUCGACUGGGACUGUGAUCCUCAAACACUCGAAUCCUUAUAUCUUCAACAUCGACGGCCAAAAAUUUGUUUGGGACCUUUGGCCGUUUGAGGCUAAUGCUCUGCAGGAUGUACCUCACACAGAGGUCGUCAAAGCUCCGAAAUUGUACUGGGUAGACCAUGUCAAUCGUGUCAUGUUCACAGAGGACGCUGGUCCUCAAAGCCAAAACCUGAAGGAUUUGUUGUUAAGUGAUGAAAUACCACAACCCAAGGUUUUCUCAAAAAUUGGGGAAGAGCUUGGAGCUUACUUGGCACAACUACACUCAUGGGGUCGUGAUACAAAAGUCUUGGAAAAAUACGAAAAUAAGGAUUCUAGGGUCAUUGCUAGUUGGCGGACAUAUGGACGGUUUGAGGAUGCUUUGAUAAAAGCUUAUCCCGAGCUUUCCGAAAACCUCAAGCAGAAAGUAGCGGCCUAUUGUGCCCAGGAAAAGGAUAAGGCGCUCCACGGCAAUGAAAUCGUCAUUAUGGGGGAUUUUUGGACUGGAAAUGUUUUAGUCAAUCUAACAGAGACGGGCGAACUUGAAUCGCUCUAUAUUGUUGACUGGGAGAUGGUUCGUCCUGCAGAUGCGGCCACAGAACUUUCCCAAAUGUUGGCGGAAGUUUGGGAAGCAGGGGAAUUCAGUAAAAACCUGAAUGCAAAGCCCGCUGCUAAGAGUUUAUCCGAGGGCCUCUGCUCAACUUACAGGUCGCAAGUAGAAAAGAUUCCGGAAGGCAUGUUGAAAGAAGUUAUGCUAGCGGCAGGGGCGCAUAUCGUGGUUUGGGGUGAGAUAGGAUUUGCGGUCUACGGGGAUGAGGGAAAGUUCAAGGAGGUUAAGGAUAAAGCGACUCAAUUUAUUCGGAAAGCCUUUGGGGAGGAGGUGGAAUCCCAAGAUUGGGGCUUUGGGGCACUAAAGCCGUAG